AUGAGCAAGGUUCCCGAUGCCUGGGAGGACGAGUGGUCCAGCACCGCCGAUAAAUCGACAACUCCUCCCACGGAUCCCAAGAGAGUCUCGUCCAAAGUGACCAAGGCCCAGCGGAGGGCUCAGCAGGCCGAAUUCAACCGCCAGCUAUGGGCCGAAGCUGAAGGACCCCGAGAGACCAACUACUUCUUGGAGUCGCGCAACGUCGUCCCGCUACGGUCUGAGUUCAAACCCCCUCCGAUCCUCCUGUCGCGAAAGGGCCCCAUAGUCGCCCAGUCACAAUCUCCUCGACCGCCGACGGCCGGUCUCCAGGACCUGAGCCUGAACGGGGACAAAAAUGCCUCUUCGGCGGGUCGCGAGUCGUCCGACGACGAAGACGAGGAAGCCAAGGCCCGCGAACUCUCCGCCGCCGAACGACAAGCCCUAGCGGCCCGACACCGCGAGGAGAAACAGCGCAAAUACGAGGAGCGCAGACAAGAGCUGUUCGGGACCGCCAGUGGUGCCCCUAGUACAACACCGUCCGCUCACCACUACCACCAUCACCACCACCACCAGUCCGGCGCCCAGAACAGGUCGGGCACCUCCAGUCCGGGGAGCCUGACUCCGCCCGGAUCGCGGUCUGCGACGCCGAAUCGAAGUCGAGGUGGUCGAGGAGGGCGUCGCGGCGGAGGGGGAGGAUCAGCAGCAACAGGAGCAGCUUUGGCAGGGAACCACAACCUCAACUCUCGAAACCAGUCAAGAGGCGGAUCGCAACACCGGGAACUGUAUGAGCCCUCGUACGCCGCGAGGCCCGACUCGGCAUACAUCCAGCGACGAGAGCGGGAGAACGGGGUGGGAGCUGCGCCGCCGCCGCCUCAGCAGCUCGUCCAGGAACCCAUCCGCGCACCGCGAGGGCCAGAUGGCAACGGCCGCGGUGGCUUUGGGUUUGCACCUAGGCCCUCGCCCAGCACAACGGCACAGCUCGAAACGGCCCCGACAGCAGCAAUAAGUCCCCGUCCAAUCGGCACGGGUGAUACCGCUAGUUCUGCUGCUGCUGCUGCUGCUGCUGCUGCUCCUCCUCCUCCUUCCUCUGACUGUUGA